AUGAGCAGUAGUAGCAUGCAUCAGGAUUCACUGACCUUGGAUGACAUGAAGGCGGUAUUGGGAAGAAAAGAUCACCUCGUCAAGAUGUCUAGCGGUGGAGGUGGUGGUAGUGUGGCUAAUAAUAACAACGUUGCGUUAAUUAAAAACAAUAACAAUGGCGGCUGUAAUGGCAACAACAACAAUAAUAAUAACAACAACAUCGUGAACAGUGCAAAACUGUCCAAUGGAACAGGACCGUCGAUCAUUUGCAGUGGCAGCGGUGGUGGUUCGGCGAUUCAGGUGGCUGUUUACACGACGGCGUCGAUCGAAGACAACAAGCUCGGCGCCAAUGAUAAGGAGAAGCUCACGAAGGCCGUCAUGAAGGUGUUCGAGGAAUACAAGUGGACUCCGCCCACAAACGUUGUCAAAUCACCGACAGAUAAGAAGAAAAAUCACAUUAAACGACCGAUGAAUGCGUUUAUGGUUUGGGCACAGGCUGCCCGCCGCGAGAUGUCCAAGCAGGAACCGAAGCUGCAGAAUUCCGAAAUUAGCAAGGACCUCGGCAAGAUGUGGAAGAAUCUAGCCCCCGAAGACAAGCAGCCUUUCAUCGAGCAAUCGGAUAAGCUGCGACUGACGCACAAAAGCCAAUAUCCGGACUACAAGUACCAACCGCGGCGAAAAAAGUCCAAAAAGUUCGGCAAACACGGCAAACACUGCUGCGAUGAUGAUUGCGAAGAAGCCAACAGUCCGCCGCCGCCACCGCCAAAGCCACGUACCACAAAGAAAAACACCGGUACCGCUGCCAACAAAUCGAAAGGUUUGAAUCUUGGGAAAGCACCUCCCGCAGUAGCCGCUCUCAGCGCCAACUGUGAAUUCAUAAACCAGCAGACGAUGACAAAAGUUGGGCAAUCGACGGACAUACUGACCCCCUCUUCCUCCAGCUCAUCGGUAGAUCACUAUUCAGGGUUCUCACUUGGCCGAGAAAAUUCAACGAAACAUGUCGGAAAUAGUGAACUAGUCAACCGGUACUAUGGGGUGCUCUCGUGUGAAAUGGAAUCACCGUGCAGUCCACAAAGUCCAAGCGCAGCUUCAAUCCACUCUUCCACCGAGGGUCAACCGCUGACCCCACCGACAACUCCUUACACCGGACUCGCAAAUGUGAAGUCGUUUUCACCACAUUCCCGAAUGUCAAGCAAUGAUUCUCCCGUCGGUUAUUAUAAUCGCAACGAAUACCUCAACUCAUCCUCCGUCGAUUACCGAAACGAGCAAUGGAGCUCGCUACAUGUCAACAGUGGUUACACAACCACGGGCUCGACUUCCGUCUUCACGUCUCAAUCUACAGCAAAAGACUUCUAUCGCUCCUUUCCGAAUCAAGUACACCAACUGCACGAUUCCUCCUAUCAUCAUUCAAACUCCGUUUCCUUGCAACCGACGUUAUCCAGCUCUACGAUUCCAAACCUUCCCCCCGACUACGCAUCCAUCACAGUAAUCCCUAAUCAAAGCUAUCUAAUCUCCCCGUUAGAUCAGGAUCAAGUCGAUAUUGAACAGUACCUGGAUAGUCAAGCCAUAGGCAAGAAAUCCCUUAGCCAAUACUGCAAACCGGAAACUUCACCAUCGCUAGCCUUGAGUGAAUCCCUUCUCCAUCACCACCAUAAUUCACAGCAUCAUCACCACCACUCCCACCACCACCACCAUCAGCAGCAGCAGCAGAUCUCCCCAUCUUCCAUCAGCGGUGGUCAACCGAUGGAUGUGAUUAGCUCGGACCCGUCUGCCGGCGGGUCACCGAUCAUUGCAUCCGUAAUUCAAGAGCCUUCCACGGCAACGACGGCCGCCGACCUGUACUACGGCGGAAGCUCUCAUCCGGCGGAAAUCGCAUCCGUUGUCGCUGCUGGCAGCAUGCAUUCAUCGUCCUCCCCGCAGCAUAGCCAGCACGGCAUGCAACAACAUUCGCACCACACCGCCAGCGCUUCGCAUCUGCACUAUUCACAUCAUCUGCAUCACCACACCGGUCCAAUGGCGUCCAAUCUGCCAUCUUACUACAACAGCUGGAGUACCGGAGGUUACGGAGCGAAUUCGUAAAAGAAGGCUAAUUUCGAAGAAAGAAAACACCUUACUCAAGUCGAUAAAAAUAUAUUCACCAUAACAGCAAAUUAAGGUGCACCAAUAUCCGUGCAUUUAAUGUAUAUACGGAAUGCUA